UGGCGUUAUACCAAAGUGAUCAUUGCUGUCCACAGAAGAAUUAGUAGAUAAUUGUGUUUGUGUGUUAAGACUAGAAAUAAGAAAUCGAUAAAACAAUAUUUCAGAUAAGAAAAAUAUAACCUGAUGACAAAGUUGACUAUUGAUACGUUCAGUUAAUGCCACGAAAAUUGAGUUUAACAAUGAUUGUUCUCGGGGAAACAUAGAUAAGACUUUUCACCAUUAUUUUUUCUGGAGAAAAGGUCAACCUUACAUGGCGGAGCAGUAAGAGUUUAAAGGAAAAAUUUAUGUAACCUGUCGGAAAAAGAACUCACAUUGGCGCACUAUAUCGCGAGUGAUCAGAAAUAAUAUUUGCAAAGUGGAGAUCAUAAGUAUGGGGAACAACGCAACAUCUACAAACAAAAAGGUUGAUGCAGCUGAAAGUGUAAAAGAGUUCUUGGAUCAAGCAAAAGAAGAUUUUGAAGAAAAAUGGAAGCGGAAUCCAACAAAUACUGCAGCCUUGGACGACUUCGAGCGUAUCAAAACACUUGGUACUGGCUCUUUUGGCAGAGUCAUGAUAGUACAACAUAAAUCAACUAAAGAUUACUAUGCCAUGAAGAUUUUGGACAAGCAAAAGGUCGUUAAGCUUAAGCAGGUGGAACAUACGCUCAACGAGAAAAGAAUAUUACAAGCAAUUUCGUUUCCAUUUUUGGUUAGUUUGAAGUUCCACUUUAAGGACAACUCUAAUCUUUACAUGGUGUUGGAAUAUGUUCCUGGAGGAGAAAUGUUUUCACAUCUACGCAAAGUGGGAAGAUUUUCGGAGCCUCAUUCCAGAUUCUACGCAGCGCAGAUAGUCCUGGCAUUUGAGUACUUACAUUACUUAGAUUUAAUAUACCGUGAUUUGAAACCUGAAAAUCUUUUGAUCGACUCUCAAGGGUACUUGAAAGUUACUGACUUUGGCUUCGCAAAACGCGUUAAAGGCAGAACAUGGACUCUGUGUGGAACCCCGGAGUACUUGGCUCCAGAAAUUAUUUUGAGCAAAGGAUAUAAUAAAGCUGUCGACUGGUGGGCAUUAGGAGUUUUAGUCUAUGAAAUGGCUGCUGGAUAUCCACCGUUCUUCGCAGAUCAACCGAUACAGAUUUAUGAAAAGAUUGUAUCGGGAAAAGUACGAUUCCCUUCCCAUUUCGGUUCAGAGCUGAAGGAUCUUCUGAGAAAUCUUCUCCAAGUGGAUCUUACAAAGCGUUAUGGUAACUUGAAAGCUGGCGUAAAUGAUAUAAAGGGUCACAGAUGGUUUGCAUCAACUGAUUGGAUUGCUGUUUUCCAAAAGAAGAUUGAGGCACCUUUCAUUCCACGCUGUAAAGGGCCUGGUGAUACUAGCAACUUUGAUGAUUAUGAAGAAGAAGCACUAAGGAUCUCGAGUACCGAAAAAUGUGCGAAGGAAUUUGCCGAAUUCUAAGCAGAUAAAGAGUCGUGUUGAUGAAGAUGCAAUCAUAUAAAUUCAGAUUUUAAUUGAACCGAAACACGUCACCAAAUUCUCAAAUUAAGAAUGAUUAGAAAUGACCAACAAAUUAGAGCCAAUAUCGUCAUAAUGCUGAUUGUUCCGCUCCAGUACAAAACUAAUAUUCGUCGUUAGUAUUGUUAUGGAAAUAAAACAUCAAUACGCUGCUGUUGCCAUGUUUGAAA